GUUGGCUAGUAAGUCACUACCGGUUAUUGGUCGAGUUUGACGCCAUGCCAGAUUUCUUGGGGAAAGACAUGUUUGAGACCGACAGUCUGCAGGUUCAGAAUGCUGCAUGUAAAACACAGCUAUGUAUUAGACACUUGUAAGAGCCUCUUGUCUUGCUGGGGGAACUACAUCGGAGGAAGGAGAUACGAAAGAUCUGAAAGAACGCGCAACCCUGAAGACAAGUAGCCUUGGAUUACUUGGUGACUCAUAGACAUGGCUAUUACAGAGCGGGUCUUUUUUCUCUUGUGUCUCAGUCUUCUCGCCAAGACCCAGGGUGUAGAGGGAUUGGAAGCAAACAACAGCAGCAGUGAGUGUACAUGGACACUUGCAGACCACGAACAGUACCUGUAUCGACGGACUAGCCAGAUCCGCUGGCCUGACCAGAACUGGCCCGUCGUCUCACCGGAGACGUGCUGGGGUUGGAAAUGUUUCAUCACAUCACAGAAGUUCCUACACAGCGGACAGUGGGAGGAUCUGUCGUCACUAGGCGAUGGUGUUUUGGAUAACGCUUUCACCAUAGCACAUGAAGAAAGUAGACAACCACAACACUGUAGAAGACUGUGGUUUGUUCAGUGGGAGGUGACUUCGAAUAUCACACGGUUAGAUGGGAUGGACAUCUAUGUAGACGUUACCUGCACGCUUUCAUUUCUGGGCGCCAUGCACACAAAAACGAACUGUCUGACAUUGAGGACAACAGAAAAACUAAUAGCUGAAACCUUGGAAACAGCCAGUGACAUGACCAUAACAAGUACAGCACAACCACGCUCCUCUCGUGCAAAUGGUGAGUGUAACUGGACGUUCGCAGACGACAGCCAACACCUGUACCGCCGCACAACACCUGUGCGCUGGAGCAACACAGACUGGCCAACCUCGCAGGUCACAAAAAUGAAAAUCUCCCCUGCCUUCUGCGGGCCGUGGUCAUGUUCUGUGUCCACCCAGCGGUUUUUGGACAACGGACAAUGGAAAAGUCUAACCUCACUUGGACAAGAUGUUGCUGGCGACAUCUUUGACAUUGCCUACAAUGAUAUAGUCAACGAGGGGAACUGUACGAGGGAAUGGUUUGUCAAGUGGAAUUACACCACAGCUGUGUCCCGGUUAGGACCACUGAUAUUUCAACUAGGAGUCCACUGCACCUCAGUCGGCAGACACACACAGACGGGCUGCAUUGCGUUCAAGACUAAAGGAACGCACCACCAACCCUCAACUACCACGCCCAUAACAACUUCAUGGCAGUCAACUUUAAGCAGCACGAGUACGGCAAGGUCAACGUCGGAAGACAGUACCACCUCGUCAGCAACAACGACAAGAUCAACUGUGGAGAAGAGCACUUCAAGGCAUACUACCUCAACACCGCCACCAACUACAACAAGUUCUACUUUGUCCCAUACAACAUGUUGUACAUAA